UCGCGAUCGCGAUCGGUCAACAUUUUGCGUUGGCAGUUCUGAUCGUGAGAGCAUACGCAACGGUUCAUUCAUAAACUGGUUCCACGGUUAGCGUGUUUUAUCGUAAAUUAGGUGCAUUUCACGAGAUCGAAUUCAGAGCAAAAAUGUCAAACCCCCCCGUCAGUUGUUUGCCUGUCACAGCGAACAAAAUGUCGAAAGCAAAGAAGGUGCUGGAUGAGGCGCGCGAGACUAAAAAUCGCGAAAUUGACCUGGUGGAUCGCAACAUUUCCACCUUCGACGAGUUGCCCGGAUUGCUUAAUAUGCUGUUUGUGACCAGAAUAACGCUGAGCCACAACAAAUUGAAGACUGUUCCUCCCGGUAUUGCAAAUUUAAUCAACUUGGAAAUAUUGAACCUUUCCAAUAACUUUCUGGAGGAACUGCCACUGUCGCUUUCGUCGAUGCCAAAGCUGAGAAUUUUAAACUGCUCUAUCAACCGUCUUAAUACACUGCCCCGUGGAUUCGGAGCCUUUCCCGUACUGGAGGUGCUGGAUUUGUCUUACAACAAUUUAAACGAACAGGUGUUACCAGGAAAUUUCUUCAUGAUGGAUUCUCUACGGGCACUGUACCUCGGCGAUAACGAGUUCGAGUACUUACCAAAGGAGAUUAAAAAUUUGAAAAACCUACAGAUUCUCGGUUUGCGGGACAAUGAUUUGCUGGAGCUGCCAAGAGAAAUCGGUGAACUGACCCGAAUUCGUGAACUUCAUAUUCAAAACAAUCGGUUAAGUGUGUUGCCACCGGAAAUCGCCAAUUUGGACAUGCCCGGACCCAAGUCCGUGCUAAAGAUGGAAGAAAACCCGUGGGUGACAGCGAUAGGAGAACAGUACCUGGUUGGUAUUAGUCACGUGCUGGAGUACAUCAAGACGGAGGCAUACAGAAUUCUCUACAAUCGUCACAUGCAAUCGAGCGGCAAAUCGGCUGGAGAGCUGCCACCGAAAUCGGAUAAAAGUAAAAAAGCAUCUCGGGCACGAUCGUAAAGCUACAAAAACAUCUCCGGUAACGCUGACCGAUUAUUUUCCCCAGUGCCAAUGGAACUGCAGUUAAUGUGAAAGUGGACAUUGGAAUGUUUAAUGGCCCAACUAACAACAACUAAGUCUUACUAAGCCCUGAUUCACUGUCCCAAUGGGACGGUUUUUUUGUAUUGUUGUAGCAGCAGAUGAGGUGCAGAUAGUUUUAUAAACUAAUUUAAUUAACUUAGACAAACUAUGCUCAUUGCGUAGGUUGACAACGUGCAAGUGCCUUAAAAUGCUAACACAAAUUGUGAACAAAAGUAAAACAGAGAAAUGCAAUUAAAAUGGUAAUAAAAUUGAUGUGUUGAGAAACUAA